CAUUCUCUCUUAUUGUUAGCACUUGAGUUUUUGGGGAGUGUUGGAGAGGACUGUGCAUGUAUGACGUGAGAUAGGCUAUACAAGAUUUGUGACCAUUUGUGGAGAUGUCAUUGAAAUGGGGGAAAGGAAAAAGAGCAGAGAAGGAGGAAGUGGAGGAAGAGCUUCUGGUGUUUGGAUAUGCUUGCAAGCUGUUCCGGGAUGAUGAGAAGGCUUUGCAUAUUGACCAGGGGAAGCACCUCAUCCCUUGGAUGGGAGAUGAAACACUCAAGAUUGACCGUUAUGAUGUUAGAGCUCCUCUUUGGGAUCUCAAGAGCUGGGAGGCCCCCCCUGGUGGCUAUGAUCGAUUCCAGUGCCUCACCCUUGAAGAAAGAAAGGUGGAGGAAAUGUGUGAUGAAGAACGUUACCUUGCCCUCAACCAUGACAUUGAUGAGGAAACUUUCUUCCAAGAAGAGGAAUUGAAGAGGUUGAAGGCAAGCUUGAAUGCAGAAGAGGGGACAUACAAGGAGGUUGGUUUCUCUUAUGACAAUGAUGGAAAUGGAACAGAGCCCCCAAAACAAGAGGAAGAUAUGGCAUUACCUCAAGAGGAAGAGGCUGAGGAUGAUGAUCAAGAGUUUUCUUCUCCCCCUGGCCUUCAUCUUCCCAGUGACCUGAUCCUACCUCGGAUGAUGAAGCAGCAUCAUGUGAUUGAGAAGACAGCAGACUUUGUAGCACGUCAUGGGUCUCAGAUGGAGAUCUUGGUGAGGGCAAAGCAAGCAUCAAAUCCUCAUUUUGGAUUUCUUGCAUUUGAUGAUCCCCUCAAUCCCUACUACCGCCAUCUUCUUCAUCUCAUUCAUGAUGGACGAUACAUCCCCUUGCAUCGGAGGCCUCCUGACCCAGAGCCAGAAGAGGAUGGAGAAGGACAUUACCUCCACCCAAGUCUUUCAGUUGUGAAACCAGAGCAUACUCCAAGUACAGGAUACCUGCUGCCAGAGAUCCCUUAUCGUCCUUCAGCAGACAGUGCAUAUGCAAAACUGGUGAGCCGUCUGAAGGGAAUUGCUCCUGUGUCUUCUGGGCAGACAGUGCUUUCUGCUGCCCUGCAUCGUCUACCACUCAUACAAGCUGAAGAAAACCAGAUCCAGAUGAAGAGGUUGGUUGUCCUUCCCACAUCUGAUGAUCAAGUCAUCAUUGACAAGAUGGCAUCUUAUGUGGCCAAGAACGGUCGAAGUUUCGAGUCCAUCGUCAAGAACCGCAAUGACACUCGCUUUGCCUUCCUGGAGGAGACUCACCCACAUCAUGCUUACUAUGAGCACAAGCUACAUGUGUAUUCAGGAGGGACACAGGGGACACCAUUUCCAGAAGAGCCUAGAGUGGUCAGCAGUAGUGUGAGCCGGGAACUCUCCUCGGCCGAGCCCAGCCCUUCUGCCAGCCCCAAGACACCAGCAGGGACAGUGAGCUUUCGUGUGAGGAGCCGAGACUCUGAUCCAGGCCGUUGUCCACCACCCCGCCCACACCCACUCUUGGACCAGGGAUCUUCAUCCAGUGGGGAUGAGGAUGACUCAUCCUCUCGUCCAUCUAGUGAAGUCCCUUCUCCCAUGCCCAAGGAUGAUUCUGAUACAAAAGAUGGUGAGGAAGAGGAGCGGGCACGUGUGCGAGAACGUCUCCUUGUGGCUGCCCAGGAAAAGUGCCAGCGCUCUCGUCAGCUUCAGCUGGAGCGCAAGAGAAAGGCAGCAGCUUUCCUCACCAGAAUUCAACAGGAACAGAAGCAACAGCAUCUGGGGUCAUCACAGGCAUCACCUCAGAGGAAGGCAGGUCCAUUGGUGUCCCAACCUGCAGAUGAUGUGGAAGAGAUUCAGGAAGGAGGUUCAGAGGAGGGGAUGUCAGAAAGAGAAGGAAAGAGAAUGAGUGGAUUAGGGAGAGAGACUCCUUCCCCAGAUAUUCCACCUCUCCAGCUCUCCUCUCCUGUUCCCUUGUCCAAGUCACAAUGUCCCUCUUCUUCACCUGCUUCUCCCAGUUCAUUCAUGGUUGUGAAGCAAGAGAGAAAGGAGUUACAGAAAGAAGUUGGAGGGGAGAUAGGAGAAGGGGAGAUGAUGGACAUUCAGCUGUCAGAGGUAGACCGCAGUAGCCUCAACCAUGAAGAAAAGGAGGAGGAGAAGCCAAAGGAAAGGGAAAAGAAAGAAAGGGGGGGAAAGAGAAGAAGGGAGAAGACAGAAGAGAUCAAGACAGAGGAUGAAGAAGGAAAAAGUGGAAGAAAGGAUUUUCAGCAAUUCAAUUUUCCAACCCCAGAGGAUUUAGAGGAGGGUGAGGCAACAGAGAGUAGCUGUGAGUCUCCAGUCCAGUCACAAAGUGCGUCUAAGAUGAAAAAAAGGAAGCAUAGGACCCAAUCCCACUCCCCAUCCCAUUUGCACUCCCAUCGACACUGGAGUACUAAGAAGCGGAAAAAGAAGCACAAGCACCGCCGAGAGAGUGAUGACAGGAAAAAGGCCUCAAGCAGCAAACGACAGAGACGAUCCAGGGAGGAGAGAGGAGGAGACAGAGACAGAUCUCGAUCUCAUCAGCAUCGUCACCAUCAUCAUCACCGGCAUAAAGACAGGAAAUGGCAGGAAAGCGAGAAGAAACGCAAGCCUCAGCCACUUCUUGACCUUUCACCCUAUCGUGAGAGGGAGAAGACUGUGGAGCUGAUGUCAUCAUCUUCAUUGAGUGACCAAGAAAGUCUGACAGCUGCAAAUCAAAGGCUCAAGAGCCCAGGUCAGGGUCACAAGGAACCCACUCCACCAGCCCAAGCCCACUCCACUCUUGCUCGCCUCAAACAGGAUCUGAGGGCAAAGGUCCAGGCAAUGCUGGAACCAACUACCAUGACCUGAUCCUUUCCAUCACUGUCCUGCCUUUCUCAAUCCAUUGUGAUGGCUUUUUUUCCUGUUGUAAUGAAGCUGU